CGCGCUCAGCAGCACACCGCCAGCAUGAAGUGCCUCCUGCUCGCCCUGGCCCUUGCCUGCAGCGUCCAGGCCGUCGUCCUGCCCCAGACCCCGCGGGCCCUGGACGUCCUGAAGCUGGCAGGGCCAUGGCAUGCCGUGGCCGUGGCCGCCCAGGACGCCCAGGAAGCCGUAGAGCCAGCGGUGGAGCGGCAGCUGCUGAGGAUGUAUGUCAAAGAACUGCGGCCCACUCCCGAGCUCAACCUUGAGAUCAUCCUGGGCGUGCGGGACAAUGGCAAGUGCAUUGAAGAGAAAAUCAUCGCCAAGAAGACCGAGAUACCCACCAAGUUCAAGUUCAACUAUCUGGCUGAGCAAGAGCUCAUCCUGCUGGACACCAACCAUGAGGACUUCCUGUUCCUGUGCAUGGAGGGCACGGCCAUGCCCCCGCAGAAGCUGGCCUGCCAGUACCUGGCCAGGACGCUGGAGGCCCAGCCCGAGAUCAUGGACAAGUUCAGGGCUGACCUGAAGAUGCUGCCCACACCCAUGCAGGUCUUCCGGGACCUCACCCAGGAGGAAGAGCCCUGCCGCCUCUAGAGCAUCUGCCGCUGCCCGCCAGGUGCAGAGCCCCGCCUCCUGGAGCAGAGCUGACCUGGGGUCCAGGCAGAGGACGUGGUGGGGUCUCUCCCUGCCCCUCCCGGGCUCCCAGCCCCUUCCAGGCAGCCGUGAAUAAACCAUGAAUGCCUCC